GCUAAGUGAUGCAAGGCUCACCGAACGAUUUGCUUUUAUCAAUCCAGCUUUAGUCUCUAAAGCUGGAAUGGGUGAGACAACAAAGGAAAAUAGGUCAAGGUUGAUUGCAAAUCGUUUAAUGCAUGCAAAGCGUGCUGACUACAUUUUUAUUCCAUAUAACCCUGAUUUCCACUGGGUCUUGGUGGCAUUGGAUAUGAGGACAAUGACUGCGUACUACCUUGAUCCGAUGCAAAAGCAACCAUGUGAUGAUCUUAAGGAAAUUGUUAACAUGGCACUACGAAUUCAUCCACCAGAGAAACAAAGAUCAUCAAAGAGGGAGCCAACAUGGGUAAAAGUAGUGUGCCCAAGACAACUAGGAAGUGUGGAGUGUGGUUAUUAUGUGAUGAGAUACAUGAAAGAUAUAAUUGUUGAUCCAAGCCUCCUAUCCACAAAGGUAUAUACUCAUUAAUAAAUUUUAUUAGUUUCUAUACUUUAGUAAUUUUUUGUUAACUUAACUAAUCAUCAUGUAUGUACAAUUAAUUAUUAGUUUAAAGGGAAAAAAUCGUAUAGUGAAGUUGAGCUUAAUGAAGUACGAUCUGAGUGGGUUAUGUUGGCAACUCAAUUGAUUCUUAC